AUGGUUAGAACAUGUAACUUGAAUGCCAGAAGACCGUCUGCCUCACAGAGCUUUUUUCCCAGCCCUGUGCUGAGUGGAGGCGGCCGAGAGGUGUAUGACAUGGCAACGAAGUACGAAAACACUAACCAGCAAACUUUUUCGGGUUGGAAGCUUCCGCCUCCCUGGAUGAUGAUUGAGAUCACUUGCAACGACCGACUUGGGAAGAAAGUUCGUGUGAAAUGUAACCCAACGGAUAAAGUUGGCGACCUGAAAAAACUGAUUGCCGCCCAGACUGGUACUCCUCCGGACCGGAUUAUUUUGAAGAAAUGGUACACCAUUUUCAAAGAUCAUAUAACGCUUCGUGACUAUGAAAUUAACGAUGGAAUGAAUUUGGAACUGUAUUAUCAAUAA